GGGGAGGUGCGGGUUUGAGGGGAGGGGGCGGGGCGGGUCCUUCCAUGGGGUGGGGGGAGGGGCGGGGGCCCAUGUGACCGGCUCAGACCGGUUCUGGAGACAAAAGGGGCCUUAGCGGCCUUAGCGGGACAGGCCGGAGCGGGAGGGAGCGAAGUGUCGAGCCGGCAGUGAGCGAGAUGCAGCACCGAGGCUUCUUCCUUCUCGCCCUUCUUGCCCUCUUGGCGGUCACGUCUGCAGUGGCCAAAAAAAAAGAGAAGGUGAAGAAGGGCAGCGAGUGUUCGGAGUGGACCUGGGGGCCCUGCACCCCCAGCAGCAAGGACUGCGGCAUGGGUUUCCGCGAGGGUACCUGUGGGGCCCAGACCCAGCGCGUCCAUUGCAAGGUGCCCUGCAACUGGAAGAAGGAAUUUGGAGCCGACUGCAAAUACAAGUUUGAGAGCUGGGGGGCGUGUGAUGGGAGCACUGGCACCAAAGCCCGCCAAGGGACCCUGAAGAAGGCGCGGUACAAUGCCCAGUGCCAGGAGACCAUCCGCGUGACCAAGCCCUGCACCUCCAAGACCAAGUCAAAAACCAAAGCCAAGAAAGGAAAAGGAAAGGACUAAGUCAGGAGGCCAGACAGCCUCUGGCCUUGCCGGGAGCCUGAACGGAGCCCUCUUCUCCCACAGGCCCAAGAUAUAACCCACCAGUGCCUUUUGUCUUCCUGUCAGCUCUGUCAAUCACGCCUGCCCCCUCACGCCCACACCAAGUGCCCAAAGUGGGGAGGGACAUGGGAUUCGGGAAAGUGAGCCUCCCCAUACCCCCUUUUGUUCUCCCCACCCUGAUACCUGUUAUUAAGAAAUGAAUAAAAUAAACUCACUUUUUUUCCAAUAAAA